CAGACACAUCAAAGAAACAGAGAAUCGUGAAAACACGAUGGAUGUAAAGCAUUGCUCAUUUGGGGCUCCUAUCUGAAAAACUGAAGUACAUAGGACGUAUUUGGGACGAACGAUGAAAUCCAAAGCACUCGAGACUACGAUUGCCAGAGGUGUCAUCAGCUCUGCUCCAAGCAGUGCCCCCAAACAGAGGCUGUGUCAACACAAGUUUUACGGGGACUACGUAAAUGGAUUAGUAAGUAUGCCAUGGGCAAAUGUAGUGAUUGAAAGUCGACUCCUUAUGUACUGCGCCGAAGUUUGAAACACUGUUGAUGUUUUACUAAGUCACUUCCAGAUGUUGGGUAUAGUUACUCCCUUUUUUGCAUGGAAAAUAAUGAUGGAAAUGUACGAAGACAUGAACCAAAACCACACCGAUCCUGAGAGAAAUAUGCUUUGCAACCUUGAUGCUGUCGCAAUGUUUGGAUUUACGGGUAUCUCUGCAAUCUCUCAAUACUUGGCUUGGACCCACGACAGUUUGCUAUGUUCGCGGAUAGGUUUUUUGGGAAAUUGUAUCGCCGGCAGCUACAUGGGUGAGUACCGAAGAAAUCGAAGCAAUAUCUUGAGGUCUUCUUUACGUUUGUAGAAUGUGCGGUGCAAUCCUGUUUCAGAUGUAGUCUCAUCCCAUCACCAUCUGUUGUUUGAAAAGUACAGAAUUGAAAGAGUGGCCAGUAAAGGGGGUUUGUACUAUUACCGCACGAUUUCAGGCUGGAAUACUAACAUUAUGUUUGGCUAACAUCACACUAUCGGUGCGAGAAAAAUGCACUCGAUUGGUCUUGAUGUUCGUAAUCGGUUCAUACGUUUCUAUCAAAAGUCCAUACUCGGUAUAUGCGGAAGACACGUUGCCGAAUUUGGGUGGAGCUAUUUUGAUUGCAAUAGUCUUGAUCCAUAUUUUUGAAACUUGCAUGAUAUGGGAUGGUGACGAUGGCGGAUGCGAAAGAAGUGAUAACAAAGUGCUUUCUCAUAGUAACAGCAAUGUUCUGCGAUUGCAUUUGCAAAAAGAUGAGUUCAUCAUUCAUUCGGCAAGAUUUGUGAUGGCUGCAGUUUACAUUCAUCAUAUAUUCAAACUUUUUAUUGACUUUUUUGCGCACCAGAAUAAUGAUGUUAUGGAGGGUAUCAUAGAUCUGGCAAAGUCUACGAUGAUCGCUGGCAUUGGAUCAGUUGCCACAGGUGUAUUCAAAACAAAUAUCGAUCAGAAGGAGCAACUGGAACUAUUGGUUCGGGAAAGGACCCAGGUAAUACAUUUCAAAACAAAAGAGCUGCGAAGAAUUAACGUUGCAUUCGAAGCAUGCGAAACAGCCAUUGCCAUCACGGACUCAUCGCGAGUAGUGAUCUGGGCCAACAAUGCAUUUGAAAAAUUGGCAAAGAGAACGACAACGGUCCAACCGUCUUUGGGAGAACAAUCUCGUGUUUCUGCAACAUCUGAUACUGAUGCUCUCAACGAGACAUGCAGCAGUGUCGGACGUCAACUGACGGAUGUGAUUGUCUUGAAUGAUAGCACCAAUGAAACAAAACUCAGGGGUGCCUUUGAUUUUUUGUCCCCAAGACACGACGAAAUCAAUAUUAUCGGAGAUGAUUGCACCAAUAGUUCCAGAGGGAAAAGUGACUAUCGUCUGGAAGUCACUCCUUUUGUGGACUACGAUGAAGGUACCAAAACAAUAUCAAACGAUAAUGACAACAACCUGUUUUUAGUUGCCUUUCACGACAUAACGGCAGAUCGUGCCAGAAAACAGGCAGAAAAUAUGGCCCGGGAAGAGGCCUUGCUUUCCAAAGCAAUGAAAGAAUCUAUGGUUACCCUGACAGUACGUAUCAGCGUACUUGAAUUUUUCCUCAAUGUUUCUUUCUUUCAUAGCAAUAGUGAUUUGAAGCUUACUUCAACCUCGUUCUCUACAAAUUUGGUUCGACACCUUCUCAGCAUGAACUACGAACACCAUUACAAGGGAUAAUGGGCAUUACCAGUUUACUGCUGGAACAAGAUCGCGACGCGAAACACUUCAACAAGGACGCGUUAGAAUCCUUGGGACUUGUGAUGGCAUCUUCACGUUUGCUACUGAAUCUCAUAAACAAUCUUUUGGAUAUAAAAAAAGCUACAGCGAACAGUAAGUUCAAUCGAACCGUGCCUAUCGGAUCUCACGAAAGAAUAUUCUUCAAAAAGCUAUUUCUCACAUAUAGACUGCAUCUGCGUUCUCGUUUUGAAUAUCAUUCUUACUUCUCAAACAUUCUACAGUGAUGGAUGAGUUUCUUCUCACACCUUUAUUGGCUACAGACCCGAUCCGAGACGCAAUUGAUUUCUGCAAGCCACUAGCAUCCAUAUCCAUGGUGAAAAUUGCGAUGGAGUGCAGCGAUGGUACUGCAGAAGCGUUCGUAAAUGCAAAUGCUUUACGACUGCAACAAGUGCUCAUCAAUAUAAUCUCGAAUGCUAUAAAAUACACCGAUCGAGGCACCACAAUCCAAGUUCGAACUACUUCGAUGUCAAUGAAAAAUGCGAAAGAGGUCAUGGGAAAAGCAAUCGCGUGUUCCCAUAACGAAGAUGAAGCGAUUGUGGAUGGGAAACCGGUCUUGGUUUUUUCUGUUUCUGAUGCAGGGGUUGGUAUUGACUCUCAUCAGGCGCGACUUCUCUUUCGCCGAUUUGCACGAUUAGACCUACAACCCAUAAAUACACUUGGCAUCAACACCAUUGGACAACCAUCUGGAACUGGCCUUGGGCUACAUCUUUGUAAAAUGUUUGUGCAACGUAUGCACGGUUCUUUAUGGGCUUCAAACAACGAGGAUGGAAAGGGGUCAACAUUUUCAUUCUGCCUUCCGUUAGUGUCCGCUCUACGUUCAAACCUAGAGGGAUGUUCUGCUACAACGAUUCCAGAUGCAAGAAAGUCUGAAGUAUUAGAAAAUUCACCGUUAGAAUCCCUCUCUUCAAAUCAAGACCCAACGAUUAGACUUCCUCCUCUUCGCGAAAGCAUGGAUUUCCGUCGAUUCCGCGUUCUGGUCGUAGAUGAUACGCUGAUUAAUCGGAAAGUCUUCGAUCGUAUGCUAAAAAAGAUCGGAAUCAUUCACGUUUGCAUGGUCGAAUCUGGGGCAGAAGCUCUGGGAGUAUUGUUUUCCAAUAAUCACGAUCGACAUUAUGAUGUCGUCAUUACCGAUCUACAAAUGCCAGGCAUGUCGGGUACUGAAUUGACUAGGGAAAUCAUAAAGCGAAAACCUGAUCCUAGUGGAAGGCCCGUGGUCAUUGGACUUACGGCAAACUCCAGUCCAGACGUUGCCGAAAAGUGUGCUGCUAGUGGUAUGUCGGAUGUCCUGUACAAACCGAUCACGCUGACGGAAACUAAGGAGUAUUUUCAGAAAGUGAUAGGGCAAUUGCAACCAGGAAUAUGGUACAAACACGAGAAAAAGUUUUUAUGAUUAGCAGCUGUAGCUGUUGAUUCAAUGACGUAUGUCCAUCCAAGUAAUGGGAGAUGUAUAUGACAUGAAGUCUUAAAGAGGUUUAGCUAAGUAAAUUACCCUAUUGACU